GCCUGCAUGGGAAGCAGAUGAAGCAGCUAUGACCAUCUCAUAUACCUUGAAAGUAGCCAAUGCUCGUUUUGGAGGCUUCUCCAAGCUUCUCUUCCGAUGGAAAGGGAGUAUCUACAAGCUACUGUACAAGGAGUUCCUUGUCUUCAUCAUGCUCUAUGCAGUGCUCAGUGCUACCUACAGGCAUCUUUUAAAUGAGAAUCAAAAACGUCUCUUCGAAAAGGUAGCUCAAUACUGCAACCGGUCCCUGGACCUGAUACCCCUGUCUUUUGUGCUAGGUUUCUAUGUCACACUGAUUGUGAACCGCUGGUGGGCCCAAUACACCAGCAUUCCAUUGCCAGACCAGCUGAUGUGUGUCAUUUCCAGCAAUGUGCAUGGACGGGAUGACAAGGGCCGCAUCUUGAGAAGGACUCUCAUCAGAUAUGCCAAUUUGUCAUCUGUGCUCAUCCUGCGCUCAGUCAGCACCAGAGUUCUUAAAAGAUUUCCCACCAUGGACCACAUAGUAGAAGCUGGCUUCAUGACUCAGGAUGAGCGCAAGAUGUUUGAGAGUCUCCACUCGGACUUCAACAAGUACUGGAUCCCUUGUGUGUGGUUCACCAAUCUAGCAGCCCAGGCACGACGGGAUGGAAGGGUCCGAGAUGAUGUGGCACUCCGUUUGCUCAUUGAUGAGCUGAACCUUUACCGUUCCAAAUGCAGCAUGCUUUUUCAUUAUGACUGGAUCAGCAUCCCCCUGGUUUACACACAGGUGGUCACUAUAGCUGUCUAUUCCUUCUUUGCUUUUUGUGUGGUUGGGCGUCAGUUCCUGCAACUCCCAGAUGGAGAAAAACAUGAAGAUCUAGAUAUGUAUGUUCCACUCCCCACACUCCUACAGUUCUUUUUCUAUGCCGGCUGGCUGAAGGUAGCAGAACAGAUAAUCAAUCCCUUUGGAGAAGAUGAUGAUGAUUUUGAAACCAAUAAACUGAUAGACAGAAACUUUCAGGUAUCGCUCCUUUCCGUGGAUGAUAUGUACCAGAACCUACCUCCUACUGGCAAGGACAAAUACUGGAAUGAGACUACAGCUCAGCCCCCAUACACAAUGGCCACUGUGGCAGAGACCUUAAAACCUUCAUUUAUGGGCUCCACCUUUGACAUGAGGAUGAAUGAUGAUCCAGAGCAAAGUCAGCAGGUAGAUGCUUCACCCAGUAUGAAUCGCAUUCAGACACCCCUGCUCAACCGUUUCUUCACUGCAGCUGCCUCCCCUGCAGUUAGCCUCAAAAAUUUUGGCAAGGGCAGCCGCAGUCACCAUGCUCAACUCCUGCGUUUGAGGACAGAGGGCACUUUCCCUGCUGGCAGUCCUAGCUUCUACCGCAGGGAGGAUCUGGACACAGUUGGUCGCAUUGAUGAAGAGAUGGAGGAUGAUGAAACUAAACUUAAUAACUCUCCUAGUCCAAACUCAUGGAAGUUAGACAGUACAGAGACACAGAGGAAGGAUCUGCCCCUUAUUAGAGUAGUGGAGGCCCUCGAUGAUAGUAUUAGCAUAUCUGACCAGCCAUCUGGCUAAGCUCAUCAACUGCAGGGUCUGGGGUAACCAGUGCAAGAUUCAACACAUCUCAACAAAUAUGAGAAACAAUUUAGAAGUAUACCUAUUAUUUUUGUAGACUAAUUAUAGUUGUCUUGGCUAAUAAAUAAUAACAUUUA